GAUGAAGAUGUCUAGUUGUUUAGGCCAUUCGUUCCACAGUCGAUAUUUGACGGUGGACUCGAGUUGUUGGUAACAGCCCAACUUUUCACCUACGCUAACCAUCCCUUUUUUUAAAUCUUAAAGCGCUCUACAAGUUGAAUUUGAGAUGAGUCUUUAUUACUCACCUACCCAGCCUCGGCAACCUCACAACAGCUACAAUAACAUCACAGAUCCGGGAACGAGUUUCAGGCUUACCUGCGUCAAUGUGAAUCAUGUUACGUACAAUUAUCUCAUGGACAACGCAACGCCCAAUACAACAGACAGUGCCGCAUACAAUUAUGCACACGGGUGCGGAGGAUCCUUACCUUGUUAUCAAAGUCUAACAUCUACGCUACAACAGUCUCACGAUGAUUCCGUUUGCGGAGUAACAGGAACUAGACCUUUUUCCUUGCCGUCGUCCUGCGAGUCGCCUAUGUCACUUCCUGCCUUUUCCCCACCGACUAAUCAGUCCUUUAUUGGACAUCACAAUCACUAUCAACAACAGCCAUGUUCGGGUAUUAACUUGUUCCACGACGAUGUGCCUCCAAUCACGUCAACCAUCUCAUCUGCUAUUGAAGAUUUCAACUUGGAUGAGGAUUUUUCGCUCGAUCUAGCGGGAGCUGCCAGCUCAGAAGAUGAAUCAAGUAACGGGGAUCCAACUUCAAAUAAACCAAGAAAAGAGCGCACUGCUUUCACAAAACAGCAGAUACGCGAGCUGGAGAAUGAAUUCGCCCAUUCCAAUUAUUUGACGCGACUACGUCGUUACGAAAUCGCUGUUGCCCUCGACCUUACAGAACGGCAGGCAAGUUAA